UCGCAGCGAGCUAGGCGGGGGGAGGUUGAGGAGUUUUAGCGUGGCUGGUUUAUUAGCCGCGUAGCAGUUGUGCUCGAUUCACUGUUUCAGCAAGAGAAGAAAGUUUCAACUCGAUGGAAAGUGAAUGACCCGUUUUGGGAUGUUUAUUUUGACGCUAAACGAAUGUCAGGACUUGAAGAAUCGUCUGCCUCACGCUUACGGAUGUGGACUAUUCACGUGGAAAUUACAAUGAGCUAGAUGGCACACUUGGAGGACAGGACUUUGAUGCAGUAAUUGGAAAGGCAGACCACCAGGUCAACUCGAUCGUCUGUGUUUCUCUCUCGUGAUUCGUACCGUUCCGAUCAUGGAUUCAUACCCGAGGUCCAGCGGUGACAUUCUGCGCAGAAACCCCCAGCACGACUUCGAGCUCAUCCAGAGAGUCGGCAGUGGCACAUAUGGAGACGUGUUCAAGGCUCGUAAAAUCUCCACCGGAGAGCUAGCAGCUGUAAAGAUGAUUAAACUGGAGCCAGGAGAUGAUUUUUCAAUCAUUCAGCAGGAAAUCUUCAUGGUGAAAGAAUGUACUCAUCAGAAUAUAGUGGCUUACUUUGGCAGCUACCUCUGCCGGGAGAAGCUGUGGAUUUGUAUGGAAUAUUGUGGAGGAGGCUCACUACAGGACAUCUACCAUGUUACAGGCCCUCUAUCAGAGCUUCAGAUUGCUUACGUGGUCAGAGAGACAUUGCAGGGUCUGAGUUAUCUCCACUCCAAAGGAAAAAUGCACAGAGAUAUCAAGGGGGCGAAUAUUUUGUUUACUGACAGUGGCGAUGUCAAACUAGCGGACUUUGGAGUGGCAGCCAAAAUAACAGCUACCAUUGCCAAAAGGAAAUCUUUUAUUGGCACCCCCUACUGGAUGGCCCCAGAAGUGGCAGCUGUAGAGAAGAAUGGCGGUUAUAAUCAGCUGUGUGAUAUUUGGGCUGUGGGAAUUACAUCAAUUGAACUCGCGGAAUUGCAGCCCCCUAUGUUUGACCUGCACCCAAUGAGGGCCUUAUUCCUAAUGUCCAAAAGCAGCUUCCAACCUCCCAAGUUAAAGGACAAGGUUAAAUGGUCUACAUCCUUUCAACAUUUUGUUAAAGUGUCUUUGACCAAAAACCCAAAGAAGAGGCCAACAGCUGAAAAACUGCUCACGCAUAUGUUUGUGGCUCAAUCAGGCUUGAGUCGCAGACUUGCAGUUGAGCUGCUGGAUAAGAUGAAUAACCCAGACAACCCACCUCUGUAUAUUGAGAAAGACGAGGAUGACCUGGAGCCACCGCAUCCUCCACACACCAUCCGUUCAGCCCUGAACAAGGAUGCUCGUGCUGGAAAAACCCGCUCUGAGAUUGACUUUAAUAAGCUGCGAUUUGAGCCUCCUCUCAAGAAGGAAACGGAAGCAAGCUCUGAAAUGGAUGUGACCAGAGAGAAUGAUUUCUCUUCUCAGUGGAGCCCAUUUGCUGAAGGAGGCAUCUUCAGUGGUCAUAGGACUCCACUAGAAGAUGCCUUUGAGGAUGUAGAGAUAUCCACUCUAAAACAUGGUGUGCCUCCACCUCUUCCUCCUAAGCCACAUCCUUUCAGCUCAUCUGAUGAAGUGGGUUUGAGUGAUGGCUCUUCGACAAUUAAGCGGUUCCCAGGUUCAGAUAAUGGCAUGGUCCAAGGUCCACGUAGGCAGAGCACACCAGAGAGAGGCAACCGGAUUGAACAGAUGCAGCAUGACCUCUCCGCUAGUGUGAGCAGCCCUGGACUUUUAUCACGCUCCACAGAUCAUGGUGAGGACACUGAAGGCACCCUAAAUGGAGACAAUCCUAAAUUGGCACCUGGGCGGCCACAAAAGAAAGAGAAGAAAGAAUUUCCUAAGCCAGCGAUUAAUGGACUUCCACCCACUCCUAAAGUGCUGAUGGGAGCAUGUUUUUCCAAAGUGUUUGAUGGCUGUCCUUUAAAAAUUAACUGUGCAACUUCAUGGAUUCACCCAGAUACCAAAGACCAGUACCUGAUCUUUGGGACAGAGGAUGGCAUCUACACAUUGAACCUGAAUGAGCUACAUGAGGCCACCAUGGAGCAGUUGUUUCCGCGGAGAUGUACCUGGCUCUAUGUCAUAAAUAACAACCUCAUGUCGUUAUCAGGGAAAACCUUCCAGCUGUAUUCUCACAAUCUGAUUGGCCUGUUUGAGCAGCUCAAAAAGCCUGGACUAGCUGCACAGUUCCAAACUCACAGGUUCCCUGAAAGGAUACUUCCCAGGAGAUUUGCCCUGACCACCAAAAUUCCCGAUACAAAGGGCUGUCACAAGUGCUGCAUUGUGCGUAAUCCGUACACUGGCUUUAAGUACCUGUGUGGAGCGCUGCAGUUUGGCAUCGUUCUUUUACAGUGGUACGAACCUAUGCAGAGAUUCAUGCUCAUAAAGCACUUUGAUUUCCCAUUGCCGAAUCCUCUGCGUGUGUUUGAGAUGCUGGUGGUACCAGAGCAGGAGUACCCUCUUGUGUGUGUAGCUGUCAGUCAGGGCACCGAGCCCAGCCAGGUUGUUCGUUUUGAAACCAUCAACCUCAACUCCUGUUCGUCCUGGUUUACUGAGAUCGGCUCAGCAGGGAAUCAUGUUGAUGCAAUUCAUGUUACUCAGUUGGAGAGAGACACAGUGCUUGUGUGCCUCGACAAAAAUCUGAAGAUAGUGAACCUGCAAGGAAAGCUUAAAUCUAAUAAGAAACUGUCUUCUGAACUCAGCUUUGAAUUCUAUAUCGGCUCAGUGGUGUGUCUUCAGGACAGUGUCUUAGCUUUCUGGAAACAUGGCAUGCAGGGAAAGAGCUUCAAAUCUAAUGAGGUAACACAGGAGAUUUGUGACCCAAGCAGAGUGUUUCGCCUACUUGGUUCAGACAGGGUGGUGGUUUUGGAGAGCAGACCCACUGAUAACCCGACGGCUCUCAGCAACCUUUACAUCCUGGCAGGCCAUGAGAACAGUUACUAGACUGAUUCUUGCUGAUACUGUUGUCUCACCUAGUCACUGCUCUGGCAUUGUGGAUCCAGCGCUGUCUGGCAGUGAACUCAUCUUUUCUCACAGUAUGCUGCUUGUUUAAGCGAAGGUUUGAAGACAAAGUGAGCAGAGGCUUUAGAUUGUGCCUUAAUAAUUCCAGGAAUAGACCUUCCAGAUUGUUCCUGCUGUGUAUCUUUCUGCCUUUCACCGGCUAAUGGCUAAUUUAGAAUCAGAUCAACAGUAGCAGCAUGAUUCCAGCAAAUGUAUUUAACAUCUGAAAGAGUCAAAAGAAUUAUUAACCAAACAGCAAGCCGAAGGUUGCAGAAAUUGUACAAUCGAGUGCCUUCUUCAUGGGACUGUCAGGUGUGCUUCAUUUAAUCCUUUGAGAAACAGGCUCUCCUGUGUGAAUAAUCAGUAUGCAACUAACAUAUCUUUAAACCAGACUUAGAUUUUAGAUCACCAUUUGGGAGUAAUUUAGUAGGCAGGGAGUGAGGGGAAAAGGAAACAAGGAAGCAAGGACAUUUUGCCGUUGGCUAUUUAAAGUGUAAAUUAUUGAGCUGUGGUCAUUUUGUAGUUUAGAUGCAGUGUUUACAAGAACACACCAGCAAAAGCUCACUUCCUUAAUAGAGCAGGACUCCACACAGCUGCAGCUUUAUUUUACUGCUUUGUAAUAAAAUAAUAAAUUUCUCCUGCUUGGUUACAUUUUAGAAUGCAGUUAUAAUGUAAAAUGGUAUUCUUUUUAUUGUAACUUUUAUUCAGUCUUUGCACCAUGUAAGCACUUUUGUACAUUAAUGUUUUUGUAUUUAAGAAUGACAAAAUGUGGGAGAUGCUAGGUUUUUAUGACUUUUUGAGUAUUUCCAUGGCUUCAGUUCUAAUGUAUGCUUUUUUUUGUAAUAAAAAAGACCGUUAACAAGGUAUUGUCUUUGGUUUUGUUACUUAAACUGUCAAAGAACAUGACUUUGUUUUUUUUUUCCUGUGAUUAGCGAUUAUCUGUAUGUGUGCCGAUUGGCUCCUGUAAUAAAUAUAGUUCUGUAAAAACA